AUGACUGGUGAAGUAAUUACUUUGCAAGUUGGCCAGUGCGGGAACCAAGUUGGGCGAGAGUUCUGGUCACAAUUGGCGAAAGAGCAUGGAAUUGGACAAGAUGGUCUAAGUUUGCAAGAAGAUUCUCCCACAGCCGUUAGAGAAGACCAUCCAGUGACUUUUUUCAAACAAAACGAUUCAAAUCGGUACACUCCACGUGCAUUACUUUUCGAUUUAGAGCCCAGUAUUAUCAACGAUAUACGAAACAGUUUCCCAGGUUUUUUUAACGAAAGAAACGUUUGGGUGUCGCAGGAUAAUUUAGGAGCUGGUAAUACAUGGUCGAUAGGUUACGACUAUGGUACAGAAAAUCAAGACCAAUUUAUAAAUAUGAUUGAUAGAGAAAUAGAUGCGACAGAAAAUUUUGAAGCGUUCCAAUUGAUCCAUUCAGUCGCUGGUGGUACAGGAUCAGGUUUAGGAUCGAAUUUAUUGGAGUUAUUGGCCGAUAGCUAUCAUAAGAAGCUCGUCACCACGUAUUCAGUGUUCCCCAGCGAUGAAUCCGAAGUUGUGGUUCAACCAUACAACACCAUGCUUACUUUGAGGCGACUAAUAGAAGAUAGUGAUGCGUCGGUGGUGUUUGAUAACAAUGCGCUUUCAAAUAUUACGGCAAGAAUUUUAAGGGAUUCUAAUGUCAGUUAUGCACAAUCGAAUCAGGUGAUAUCGACUGUUAUGUCUUCCAUAACGAAUAGCAUACGGUUCCCCAGUUAUAUGUUCAGUUCGCUACCAAGCAUUUUCUCCACCAUCGUACCCACGCCCGACAUGCAUUUCCUAGUUCCAAGCUUCACCUCUUUCACCACCGAUUUCAUACCCGAGGCAAAAAAUCUCAAGAGAAGUACAGGUUAUGAUGUAAUACUAGAUUUAUUUGAUGCCAACAAUUCGAUGGUUACCCAUUCUGCAGACGAUCCUGUGUAUAUCGCCAUAUACUCUCUAUUACAGGGAUCGGUAGAACAAUCAGAUAUUACCAGAGGUAUCUUAAAGACUCAAAAAAGAGUUCAAUUUGCCCCAUGGUCGAAAAGCUCACUACACGUCAACAUUGGUAAAAAAUCGCCAUACAACAAAACUUCUAACUCCGACUAUGUGAGCGGGCUCAUACUUUCGAAUACCACGGCAGUGAAUUCACUUCUUAAGAAAACAUGCAAUAGUUUCGAUACGAUUUUCAACAGAGGUGCUUUCUUACACAAGUUUCAAAAUGGGAGAGUGUUUGAAAAUGGUUGGGAUGAAUUUAAAGAAAGUCGUGAAGUCGUACAAUCGGUAAUUGACGAAUACACAUAUGCUGCUCAGGAUUCAUACAUUGAUGAUAUUCUACUCGAAGAGAACAUGCUAGUCGGUAAUGAUGAUGGUGCAAUGGACAUCAAUGACGACAAUAUCAUAUAA